CAGACGGGCGGGGAGCUGCGGCGGGCGGGAGCGGGAGCGGCGGCGGCGGGGCGCAGUCGCCCGGGCCGCAGCGGGGAUGCGCCGCGGAUCCCGGCGACGAGGUGCAGUUCAGCUGAGUUCGAACAGUUUUUCGUCUCUCCGUAAACUGUGAAACAGAAGGAUGCAGAAGAGUAUCCCUUGCUUUUUUGUACAUGAAUGAUAAGAGCACAAGACCAUUACUACAAGUUUGCUGCAAAGAUGAGUUCGGAGGAGAAGAGUAUAUCUCCUGCUCACAAAACAUCUACUCCAUCACAUAGAAGUGCCUCCUCUUCGUCAUCAUCUCAGAGAGAUAGGAGGCAGAGCAUACAUAUUUUGGAGCGGAAGGCUUCUUCGGGGAGCACAGACCCUUCUUUAAGCAAGCAGUUCCUUGAAACUGACCCUAUCUCUCUAUCCAAGGAACCUGACAGCUGGGAAAUCAUAGAGGGUCUGAAAAUUGGCCAGACCAAUGUCCAGAAGCCAGACAAACAUGAAGGCUUCAUGCUGAAAAAGAGAAAAUGGCCCUUAAAAGGUUGGCACAAGAGAUUUUUUGUCCUGGAUAACGGACUGUUAAAAUAUUCAAAGUCACCAAUUGAUAUACAGAAAGGCAAAGUACACGGGAGCAUAGAUGUAGGUUUAUCAGUUAUGUCCAUCAAAAAGAAGGCUCGCAGAAUAGAUCUUGACACAGAAGAACAUAUCUAUCAUCUGAAGGUGAAGUCCCAGGAUUCAUUUGAUGCAUGGGUUUCAAAAUUACGCCACCACCGGUUGUACCGUCAGAAUGAGAUUGUGAGAUCUCCAAGAGAUGCUAGCUUCCAUAUAUUCCCUUCAGCCUCUACUACAGAGUCUUCACCAGCUGCUAAUGUAUCAGAUGGAAAGGUACAACAAAAUAACUUCCCAUGGCAGUCUCCUAUACCUUGCAGUAACAGUCUUCCUGCAACUUGCACUACUGGUCAGAGUAAAGUAGCAGCCUGGUUGCAGGAUUCGGAAGAGAUGGACAGAUGUGCAGAAGAUCUUGCUCAUUGUCAGUCAAACCUUGUGGAACUCAGUAAACUUCUUCAAAAUUUAGAAAUACUGCAGAGAACUCAGUCAGCACCAAAUUUCACAGACAUGCAGGCUAACUGUGUAGAUAUUUCAAAGAAAGACAAGCGGGUCACAAGACGGUGGAGAACAAAAAGUGUCAGCAAAGAUGCAAAAAUUCAACUUCAGGAAGGGCCGGCACCGAAGGGCCAGUUCAGCACAACACGACGCCGGCAGAGACUAGCAGCUGCAGUGGCUACAACAGUCCCUUUCAGUGCUACAAUGUCACCUGUUCGGCUGCAUUCCUCCAAUCCCAACCUUUGUGCAGACAUUGAGUUUCAGACUCCCCCAAGCCAUGUAACAGACCCUCUGGAGUGCUCCACUGAGUACAUGAAGCUUCAAGAAGAAUUCUGCCUGAUGGCUCAAAAAGUGCAUUCUCUUUUGAAGUCUGCCUUUAACAGCAUAGCUAUAGAGAAGGAGAAGCUUAAGCAGAUUGUUUCAGAACAGGAUCUUACAGGUCACAAUGCUCAAAUAGCACACCUCAGACAGUCCCUCUCUCAGGCUCUCAACCAGAAUGCUGAACUAAGGAGUCGCUUGAACAGAAUACAUUCAGAAUCUGUUAUUUGUGAUCAGGUUGUCAGUGUAAAUAUUAUCCCUAGUCCUGAUGAGACAGGUGAACAAAUUCAUGUCAGUUUGCCAUUGUCCCAGCAAGUUUCUAAUGAGAGCAGACUCUCUAUGUCUGAAUCAGUGUCAGAGUUCUUUGAUGCACAGGAGGUGCUUCUGUCUGCCAGCUCAUCAGAAAAUGAGGCUUCUGAUGAUGAAUCUUAUAUCAGCGAUGUGAGUGAUAAUAUAUCAGAGGACAACACCAGUGUUGCAGACAACAUUUCUCGGCAAAUUCUCAAUGGUGAGCUAACAGGAGGUGCAUUCAGGAACGGACGGCGAACUUGUCUCCCUGCUCCAAGUCCUGACACCAGUAACAUCAAUCUGUGGAAUAUUUUGAGAAAUAACAUUGGCAAAGAUCUUUCCAAAGUAUCCAUGCCAGUUGAGCUAAAUGAACCUCUGAAUACCUUGCAACACCUCUGUGAAGAGCUGGAAUACAGUGAACUCCUGGACAAGGCUGCAGAAACAGAUGAUCCUUAUGAACGCAUGGUUCUCAUAGCUGCUUUUGCAGCAUCAGGUUAUGCCUCUACGUACUUCAGAGCAGGAAGCAAGCCAUUUAACCCAGUGCUUGGUGAAACUUAUGAAUGUAUUAGAGAAGACAAAGGAUUUCGAUUUUUCUCAGAGCAGGUUAGCCACCAUCCUCCCAUUUCGGCCUGUCACUGUGAAUCGAAGAACUUUGUGUUUUGGCAAGAUAUCAGGUGGAAAAACAAGUUUUGGGGAAAAUCAAUGGAAAUUCUGCCAGUUGGAACCUUGAAUGUGACUCUUCCAAAGUAUGGAGAUUACUAUGUCUGGAACAAAGUCACUACGUGCAUACAUAACAUCCUUAGUGGAAGGAGGUGGAUAGAACACUAUGGAGAGAUAACUAUCAGAAACACAAAAAGCAGUGUUUGUAUUUGUAAACUCACAUUUGUCAAGGUAAACUACUGGAAUUCAAAUGUAAAUGAAGUCCAGGGUGUUGUGAUAGAUCAAGAAGGGAAGGUGGUGCAUCGCUUGUUUGGCAAGUGGCAUGAAGGUCUUUACUGUGGGGUUGCACCUUCAGCCAAAUGUGUAUGGAGGCCAGGCUCCAUGCCAACCAAUUAUGAACGUUAUUAUGGCUUCACGAGGUUUGCUAUUGAGCUCAAUGAAUUAGAUCCUGUGCUGAAAGAUCUUCUUCCUACAACAGAUGCACGAUUCAGGCCAGAUCAAAGGCUUCUGGAAGAAGGAAAUGUAGAAGCAGCAGCAUCGGAGAAACAAAGAAUAGAAGAACUCCAGAGAAGUCGGAGGCGGUACAUGGAAGAAAACAGCAUUGAAUAUGUACCCAAAUUUUUUAAAAAAGUUAUUGAUGCUAAUCAAAGAGAAGCCUGGGUUACCAAUGAAACUUACUGGGAACUGCGAAAGGAUCCUGGAUUUAGUAAAGUAGAAAUUCCCGUGCUCUGGUAAACUGAGAAUGUAGAUCUAGUAAACAUAUCACUCUCCGAAGAAAAAAUAACUAUGCACAAUAUGUUUCUUAUAGCUAAGCGUGGUUUGUGGGUCUAUGGAAAAACCUAUCAUUUGCAUUUAUAUUCAUCUUUAUAACAGACUUUUGAAAGUGCAUUAGACCGGGCCCCUGACCACUUCUGGAUCUUUUUAAUUUUGCAGCAGCCAUUAAAAAAAAUAAAAUAAAAAAUAAAAAAAAGGAAAGAAAGAAUCAAAAAGGAACAAACAGAAACCUUUUAAAGUUUCAUACACUGAAAAUUCAGAACAAGAGAAGCAGAUGAGUUAUCCAAAGUCACUCAGAAGAGGUGGUAAACAUGAAACUGCAACCGGUGCUUUAAACAGACAUUACGAGUAAUGUAAUUUAAAUUAAAAAAAAUGAGGAAGAAAAACAGAAAAAAAAAAUCCAUUUUGUUUCAACUAUUUUUGUUAAAAACUCUUGCGUCACCACACUGUCAUUUCUGGCUUCAGGUUAGUCCUUUGGUGUGAUGUGCUUGGACUUACCUUGUCAAAAAGAUAUGCUUUUCUGGAAGCUGUUCCCAUUCAUAUGCCAUUGUUCAUGCCUUAAACAAAAUAUGAAGAUGUACAGUAAGUCAUUUUAAAAUAUGUAUGCUUAGGCUUGUGUGAAGGGCAAAUUUUUAAAGCACUAGGAUUUUAUCAUGCUAUAAAUAUUAGAGAACCUGUAUUAUUUAAAAUCAAAAGACAACCAAACAUCUUAACUGUAUUUCAGAGGAACGAGAUCUACUGUACAUGCUUUAGCUUUGGGAAGCUGACUGUAUAAUCAGACUGAAAAGAAGCUGCUAACUGGUUAAAUUUGAGGUAAUUUUGGUAAAUGCAUAUGAAUAGCUAGUCAGAAAAUUCAUAUUCUAAACGACCGAUUCUGAGAUGUGAUCAUCUCUUACCACAGAGUGGACAUGGUCUUACAGUGAAUCUCAUUUCUCUAUAACUGCUUAUACGAUUAGGAUUCUCUGAAGCUUUGCAACAGUGUUAAAGCACAGAAAGAUUUCAUGGAAAGGUGUCUGGCUUCGCUCCAGAGGUUGGAUAGUACUUUAAAUGCAACUAAUGUUUUCUGCCACACAUGCUGUUUACUGGCUCCAUUCUUUCCCCAUCCACUCUUCUUAUCUAAAUUUAUACUUGAGAGUAGGGAAGAGGCUCCCAUGCAUUAUAGAUAGCUACUACUACUUGUGUUGCCAAAAUAAUUUUUGUGCAAAAUUAUAUUUUACAGUUUUUCAUAAAGUGAUCCUAUAUUUUUUGGUUAGGAACCAAGUCUCAUAUGUGUUGCUAAGCCUCAGUUAAUAUAUGUGGGAGAAGUCUUGGCAUUUUCUGUAUGAAAAUCUUGGAAACACUAAAGACUAGAAAGACAGGUUUUAAUAAAAGAAAAAAAUAACUUUAUUAGGUAAAAAUUGCAUUCCAUAUGGUAUGACCUAGUCUUCCACUUACACACAUAUUAUACAUCCAGACACUGAUGUAUAUGCAAUGUAUUUCUUUCUACAUAUACAGAGCAUACAUAAUGCACUCCUUUUUUAUUUUUAUUUUAUUUUAUUUUAUUUUUUUAAGAUUGAUUCUAGUAAUGAGGCCUAAAAGAAUGAUUGGGUAGCUAUAUGAUCCUGCCAGUAGAGUUGCGCGAACAGCUCUCAGCAGAAUACCACAUGUACCCAUUCCUCUACCUGCCUCAUCCUUUUGCUGAGUCAGGUCCCUACAGAGCUGAGAUGACUGUGAUUAUUUAAUACCCAUUUAGUUCUCCACCUUAUCUGUAAGGCAGAGCAACUAGCUACUGAUGUAUUCCAGCUUCUUCACACAGUUAUGUUAUCAGGAACAAAUGUGAAAACCUAAAAAGAAUAUUAGGUAGAAUUUUAAAGAAUUUUGAACACUAAACAUUGCUUAUGAAUACUUGGUAUAAAAGGUUGUGUGCAGGUUGCCAGGAUUUCUUCCAAAGAAAAUUGUGAAUUAUUUGAAUAAUGAUAUAGUUUUCCUUCCUACUUGAACCCAUUUUUUUUCUGCAGUUGUUAUUAUAAGAAAAUGAAAAUAUAUAAAGGUUUGUUUGUUUUAAUCAUAUUUGGUUGACUUCAUCAUACUUGCUUUAAUGACGUUACACUAUGAAUCAAAUUGGCACAUUGUGUCCAAAAUAGCAAUUAUUUUAUGUCACUUCCCUUAAAUGCAACAUUAUUAUUUGCCCACAUUACACUCCAGUCUGUGUGCAGUUCACUGUGAUAUUAGAAAGUAUUAUGAGUGCAUGAUUGCAAGUACAUUUGAGGGACAGAAACUGCAUGUUCUCUCCCUUUUUUUUUUUUUUUUUUUUUUUUAAGGUGUCUUUUAAUUUAAAUAUAGAAAAAAGGUAUUUAGUGUUAGUGUUCUAGUGUGUUCUGAAUACCAUUCUCUGCAAUGCAAACUGAAACUUUGAAACUUUCUGAACACUGAGGAUAUUAUAACUGCUAGAAUUAUUCUUUUACAAUUAUUUAUCUGAUACUCACUGAAAGAAAGAUAGCUUUCAAUUUUUUAGAAUUAAAAAAACGUGAUUUGCUUAAACUUUCUAUUUGAAGGAACUGUUUAAACCUACUGGAUGUUAAAUUAACUGAUUGUUAAAUUAGUUAAUUAUUAACUAUAGGAAUUGCAAAGCAAAGUGUUGCAAGAUACUGUUGUCUUUACCAGAAUUCUAACAGUGCCAGCAGGUGUACCAUAGGGCAUUUUCCUAUAGUACAGAAUUCUCUGUUUUCUGUGUAAAAUCGAAUACUUUUUUCCUGCAACCUUGGGGAGACACUGGGACAUAUUUUGUGCUGUUUCUAGAGAAUGGAUUACUAAAAGACAGUUCUUGGGGCUCGUGCCCAAACUAUGAUGUGCAGACAUCCUGUGAGAUUUCACCAUCUCUGAGGUGAGGGGGAUGGCAGGCUGCCCACCCUUCUGCCAGUGCAGUGCAGUCAGAUUUCCUGCGGUGUGGUGGGAAGUCUCCUUUGCAACCUGGCACCUGCUGUAAGCACUUGCUGCUUUUUGGCAAGGUUGCUGCUGCCUGACCGUCCAUGCUAGCUUGUGGGAUUUUUGUCCCCCAGGUGGAGACCUUUCAAUUUCUGCUGAACUUCACAAAGUGUCUUAUGGCCCAGAGCUCAGAUUGAGCAAGGUCCUCCUGACAGAAGCUCUGCCACUUGGCGUGCCAUCGAAUCCUCAUUUAAUGCCAACUUGUUAGGGUGUAAUCUCUGUCCUUGCCCAGGUCGCUGGUGAGAUAUCCAUCAAUAAAGGCCGUAAAAUUAACCCCUCCUUGCUGGUCGCCAGUGGGGUGUAAGUGCCCUUCAAGCCUGGGGAUUCAGGCAGUUUUCAGCCCACUGAAAACUCCUCCCUUCAGCCAGGCAGUGUUUCCUUUGGAAAGGCAUAAAAGAUACUUAGUUACUCAGUAGAUUUAAUUGCUACAGGUUUAGUAUAUGGUGAAAAUUAGUGUAUUUAAAAACUCUUAAACAAUUUAAGAAGUUCUGACUUUUACUACAAAGACAUUUUUGAUUUUUUCCUGUUUUCUCAAACUACAUAUUUGUGUAUAAAAUACACAGCCCUUAUACUUUAGUUCCACAAUAGUGAAAUGUACUUUCGAUUAGUAUUUUAAAGUGUACUUUGUUCCUUGUUCCGGUACUGCAGAUAUGAUUGGUUAACAAUAGCUAUUUUCAUCAAAAGUCAAGUCAUCUUACUUAACUUAAUUCCUAUUUUGGAUCCAUAUUAACAAGAUGGCAGAUUUUUCUGUGUACUAGAAAUUGUUGCCUCACUAGGAGACAAAAUUUGAAUAUGAGUUGAUUUUCAUAGUUUUACUGUAAUUAAAAAGUCAUCUGAACACCCAUUCUACGUCUAGACUGAUGUAGGUUGCAUGAAAUAAACUGUUUUUGUAUUUGGCUUUAAAAAUGUAAUCCAACUGUAAUACUCUGGUCAUCUUACAAAUACUAUUACCCUUUUUUCUCCUCAUUUUGAUCUUCUGACUCUGAAUGAACUAUUAUGUUAUUUGUGAGUUCUGUUUGAACAACAGAUACCAGGCUGAUGUCAAGUAUUGCGGGACAUGCACAUUGCCAGCACUGGUGAGAUCAGAGACAAAACUCAACACUAGCUGUUUAAAAUGUCAUUGGCUGCAGUUGUAACCUGAGGAAUUACCUCUAUUUCAGUUGUCAGGAUUAAUACUGGAGCUGCAUAAUGAAAGCGAGAAGAGUUUUUAAAUUAAAUCUACCUGAAAGGUAGUUAUUUGUAUUCAUACACUAAAAUGGAAGGGUUAUGUUAAAGAGAAUUUCAUGUGGCUAGGGGAAAAACGAUCAGCAUUAACAAAAUUGUGUGAGAAACACUGGAAUAGCCUCACCAGUCAGCCUGUGUUAUAAACAGACCUUGGAGAAAGCUAACAAAUGUGUUAUGUCUUAACUGCUUAUCUUAGUGACUACUGGAGCUGCUAUCUAGCAUUUUCUUCUUGGCUGGAAUUAAGUAACAGUCAUCAAAAUAGCAUAAAACUUUUAUUUGUUCUUUUGAGCAUAUAUUGUUAAAAGUAGAGGUGGUCAAAGAUACAAUUGCAACUAAAUUUUUGUGUUCAUCUGCUAAAACUGCAAGGGAAUGCCUGAUUACUUUUAUUAUAAUUUCACAUCACUCAAAAGAUAAAUUUUGUGGAGAAAGUUUUUUUUUUUUUUUUUAAUAGUUGUUUUUAACAGAAGAAUCUAGACUACAUGUGUGAAUAAAGGUUUAAUUAUUCCUGCGGAGGAUAUCUCCCUGAACUACCUUGGAAAAAUGAAUGGCAUCCAUAAGAAUGUUAAGAAUCUCAGUAGGCUCAAAGAAAUGGCCUAUUUACAGCAGUUUAUUUUAUUUUUGUGUUAUAUACUAUAAAGGGUCUACUUACAAAAGCAAACACAUUCUUCACUCUUUAAACUUGAGUGUAUAAACCCCUACAUUGAUGAGCUUUGGUACACAUUCCAUCUUUCUUCCACUAAAUUUGAAAGCCUCUUUCUAAAACCUCCUUUGGAAAAUUUUUAUACAGUAUCUUGUAAGUUAAGUGACAGCAAUGUACUUGUAGCUGCUUUUUAUACCCAUCUCCUCCUUUGUCAAGUUUUGUGGUAUUACUAAACCCAUCAUGUCUUUAAUUCCUUUUCCCUUGUGUUCUCUGACAUACCUCAGAGAAGGGAGAGAAAGACUGCAACAGAGAACAGUGAAACUAAUGACAGCAAUUCUGUCAGUGACACCAUUGUAACAAAAUAGAAAAAAGUAGGAAAAUUUCAAACUUUCAUGAAUUAAAAUGUCAGAGCAGCUGUUAAAUCUGUUCCAGGCAGGUUAUGUUAAUACCAUUUGUCUUUCCACUGAUCCAUGACAGCAUGAGAAAAGGGAGGAUUGGUGACAUUUGUUCAGAAUGAAUUCUGAAGGUGAAGGAAAGUUCUAUUCCAUUUAUAAAUAAAAACUACUGUAGACAACAUUUUGGUAAAAGUAUAUUGGUAAUGUGGACAAAGAGAGUUAAAGAUUUUAUAAAUAGGGAAAUCAUAAAGUUGGAACAUGUAUUCCAAUCAGCAGCAUGUAAUAUAUUCUGUCAUGACCUUUGAACAGUUCAGUGGCAAAGCUACCUAUACAUGCCAGAGCAGUGAUCCAGAUGUUGUCUCCCAUGAAACACUAAAACAUAUUUCCAUACUUGCUGCUACUUGUAAUAGUCUGCAUUAGUGAAUGAGGGAUAUCUUAUGCUAAGUUGUUAUCUUCCUGCCACAAACUAUUAGGGAUGCAAAAUGGGAAGAGGUGAGCAAAUUCCUGCAAAAAUGCAGAAUUGGGUAACUUAAUUGUUUAUACUCUGGGCAUCCUUAUGAUGAGAGUGUCAUACAAAAGCAGCACUUAGAGUGAUAAAUGUUCAACCAGAACAAUUCUUCCUUGUGCCAGUCAGUUCAGCCACAAAUAAAUAUUUAUUUAUUUAUUUAUUUUUCCUGGAACUGCAUUGCUGUUUAUGAUUGCACUUGUGACAAUUGGAGCCUAUUGGGCUGAUUUCUCUUGUCCAUCAAGGACAGUCAGCAGCAGACAAGAUUGCAAGUUCAGAUUUUUUUUUUUUCUUGUAAUCCUGUGUUCCUUUGUCUCAUAGUCCUCUUCCUUUGGUAAAUUCACCUCAACCAGGAAUAUUACAGAAGUAUGUAAAAAGUUAAUUUUAGUUUAACCUUCAGUAUUUUCUGGUCAGAGGAGAAUUCAGGAUAGCUUCUUUAACUGUGUUGAAUAAAUAGAGAUGUGAUCUACAAUUAUCAUCGUAUUUGCAUAAUAUUUUAUAAAAAAUAUUUUGAGAUCAGACCAGCAGUAAUGAAAUAAUACAUACAAAUUUUAAACCUACAUUUGUGACCUAUCUUGAAGUCAGUGUUGGAAAUUAUCGUUCUAAUAUGAGGAUAGAAUUGAGGUCUAUUUAGUUCUUAAAAUAAGUGUGACUGAUAUUCUUUGGUGGUUUAAAGGUAGCAUAACAAAUUCAGAUCAUAAUAAAUUUUAUAUUCAGCUGAGUUUCAAACAAGAUGUGACUAUGAGCUGAGAAUAGAUGUUGAUUAAUGUAUUUUGGUAUGCAGGCAUAUAUGCAAAGAUAGCAAGUAAUAGCUUAGUUAGGCUUUUGCUAUAAUGAGUAAAAGCGAUGUUCUUGUUUAUUUAAAAUUAUUUAUAGACUAAUUAUUUUCAAGUAUUCAUUCCCCACUAAGAAUUAAUUACAUGUCAAGUUUGAGUUUUAAAAAUUAAAUGGUGUUUGGAACUUGACAGACACGGAGGAUGGUUCUCCUGUCAUGCAAUUAAUGCUCAGAUCUUGCUAAACCUCUAGUUCCCAGAUCAGGGUAGACCUAGACCUUUUCUGGAUGGGAUUGCUCUUUGUAUAUUGAUUUGUGUCUGUUAUUUACUAUAUAAUAAGUGAGAAAUCAAGCUGUUACCAUCUUAUGUCUGAAAUCUUUUCCUUCACCAAACUGCUUGUUCUUUAACUGUUACAGCAGGUUUUCUGAUGCAGAUGCCUUCUUUAGUGUAUAAGAAGCCAUCAUAAAAUUGAACUACUGUGGCAUCCAGAGAGAUCAUUAAGAUAGUUUUGUAUUAGGAGAUUAGGUAUAUUCGCUUUGUUGAAACCAGUAGCAAGCUUUCUUCUUUCAGUCUGUAUCUACUUCCCUUUGUAUAAUUAUCUUUUUGGUGAAUUGCAAUUUCUGAGCAUUUCAACAGCAGAGAAUUCCGUAUUUUUUCUCCUUUUGCACAAAGUUAAUACAAAAUGGGAGCAAUGUCAUACUUUUUGGUGAGAUUAGUUCCCAUACGAACACGUGAUGUAGUAAAUUCCAGUAUUUAUGGAUUGCUCACAUGCUGAAAAUGCCAUUAUAAGAGUAAGGUUUAGAUUAGCUGUCAGUUUUACUUUGCUUACUGAGCUUCAUUACUUUUAUCAGCAUUUACUUUCAGAUGGGAAACAAUCUUGCACCAUUUCUUUACUACAUAAAAAUGUCAAAACAUAAAUAGCUAAAUGGGCAUUAUUUGCUGAUUUUCCAUAUCUGUGCUUAUUUGACCAAAAAAAAAAAAAAAAAAAAAAAAAAGAAAGAAAAGAAAACCCCACACCACCACCAAAUCUGUUGGUUUCUUGUGCACCUUUGUAUAGCAUCCUCAGAGUCUUUCUACUGUGAUUAUGCUAUUGUGGUAGCUAGAAAGGUAUACAGAAACUUGCUUCAUCUUUUUUUUUUUUUUUUUUUUUUUUUUAAGAUUAAUUUUAAAAGCAAAUACUUGAUUUGUAAGAAGCCCAACAUAAAGAGUCAGUGCUGCUUUUUAAGUAUCAGAUAGUUCUGGAGAGCAGUAACACUGUAACUGCAAAGGGUCUACGUACCUUAAUGCACCAGACAAAAAAUUUUAUGUUGUUUAAAAGGAAUAGAAAACUGUCGCUAAAGGAAAAAAAGAAAAGAAGCAUUUAUGUAUCCAGAUACAGAAACAUUGCCGAAAGCAUUAUUUUUGAACACUGCAAUAUUAAACUGCACCCGCAGCACCCUUCAUUUUAUGGUCAGAAGUUCACUGUGGACUUCCAUAAGAAGACGAAGGUGAAAAGGAUACUGGGGGAAAAAAAAAAGUAAUUACCGUAAUUUCUAAAUGACUCAAUUGAAAAUUGAUGUGCAAAUCUUUGUGCUAAAAGCUGGAUAAACUACUUAAAGUACUGCAAUUCUUAAAGGUUUAAAUUUAGUGAUUCAUAGUACAUUCAGUAAUUUAAAAUAAUAAAAAAAUCUUCAUCUUGAUUGCUUUCUGAUGAUGCAAAUCAGAAAUGUUCAUGCAAAUGCUCAUUCAUUUUUGCUUGACUGCCAUUUUGGGGGAUCUUUCGGGAUGAAGAUUCUUUACAUUUUCUUGAUCCUAUGCUCCAAAUACUGACUAAUUGUGCCUGUAAAAAGCACUUCUACAGCUUACAGUUACUAAGCAUCAACAGUUGAUGAAAAACAUAGGUAGGAUAUAAUUUGUAUUAGACUUUUAAUUCAAAUGCAAUAGCUAAUCAGCAACGUACACCCCAGAUUUUUUUCUGCUUGGACUCUGAUCUUGCACAGGCACCAGUACAUCCUUAGGAUACCUAUUGCAAGUUGUCUCAUUUAAUUCAGUUAAAAAGAUGUAGAUAUUCAUGUUUAAAUGAAAAGGCUCAAUGUUGCAUUUUUAAGAAAUCAAAACAAUGUACCUGGUUGCACCAGGCUUUGUAACACUUGAUUUUUAAUCACUAUGUGCUUAAGCAAAUGAACACCAAUGCAGAUGAGGCUGAGCAGCUCCUGUUGAUACUCCAUUGAACUCAAUGAGCUUCCAGGGGAGUGGAUGGUCUGGCUGCCCAAAUCAUAUUUCAGUUUCAGGCUUAUCAUACAGUCAAGCAUAGAUAUUCAGCGACUUAUACUUAAGCUUAUUUUUGACCAUGUGCACAGUCUCAUGGAAGAUCAAUGUGUGAAAUGCAGCUGCUUUCACUGCUUGCCAGUCAGAGGAAUUUAUUCAACUUCAACUCUUUUGCAUUUUGGGACCUUAUUCUGGGGCUUGCAGUGUUUAAGAAUCAGUUAACUUCACAUCUCUGCAAAGAUCAAUUAUGUAUGAUGUUUGAAAGAAAAAGCAGGAGAUCAGAUCAUUGACAAUUAAUCAUAAUAUGUCUCACUCUGGCAAGCUUAAUUGUGCAAAUAUUUGCAAUUCCUGUCCCUAUUCCCCUGUGCUCUCCUCAGGCUAGUGUGAGCCAGAGCAAAGGCUGCUAGUGCCAUAUGCCGAGGGGAGCAGGAGACUACUUUUGCUGACUUGUGAAGAAGGGAUGGCUAACUAAGAGCAUGCUCCAAAUCUCAACCUACAAAAAGCAUGAAUGUGAGAAAGUGCCUCCCCUCUCUCCUGUUAGGCUUUAGCACAUCAGUAGAAUUACUGUUUUUGGGAUAUUGACUUCUCUGGCUACUUCAGAGAUCAAACCCUAGCUGGAAAACAGCAGUGAAAAUAAUAAUUCUAAGUUCUCACGUAGCACAGCUGCAAUGCACUUACUCUGUGUCUUUGCACCCAUGAGUUGUUUUUGACCAUGCUGUUGUAGUAACCCUGAAUGCAGAUAAGGCCUCAGGCCGACUACCUCUCGUGCAAUAAAUAACAAGCUCAUGCAGCAGUCGGUGUUGGUGAUGAUCCUUUGGCAACAGGAGCAUCUGUUGGCCACGUGAUUCAGGGAGGUGGUAGUGGAGGCAGUAGCAAACAAGAAAAAUUAAUUAGUAGUUCAAUCCAGUGAUGUGCGUGGUAUAGACAAUACCCACAAUACCAACUCCAACUGAGGAAGGUCCUACAGCUUCUAGCAGGAAAUAAAGGUGAACUUGGCUGUGCUAUAGUUUCUGUUGUGCUCUAAAAUGUAACAAAAGAUGUCAUCUGUUUCCUUCAAACUGAGCCGGAUUUAUCAGGAUAUUGUGUCCAAAAUACACACACACAAUUUUAGUUUUUGAGGAAACAUGAUGCUCUUCUACCUGUUGCAAUGUAAUUGGAAAAUGCAUGUACAAAUGACUUGUUUAGCCUGCCAAUGAAUGUUGCUAAUGCCUUACCAAAAAAAAAAAAAAAAGCAUAUUUUUUGUAUUUUUUUCCUCAGAGGCAAAUCCAAACAAUGCUAGAUUUGGGAAACUGUUUACUGAAAAGCAUUUUCUAAUAGAUCUCUGAAGAAGUGCAAUUGUAUAAUUAUUAUUGUUCAGUGCAUACAGUACAUUGUCUCCAUCACUCUGUACACUGCUGCUAUUAGUGCUUGUUCUAAUAAAACUCAAUGUACACUGUUU